AUGGCGAAGAUCGAGGAGAUGACGGACGCGGACGCGGCGCGCGAGGCGAAGACGCCGAACGCGAAGGCGACGGAGGGGACGAAGACGGCGACGACGACGACGACGACGACGACGACGACGGCGACGGGGGGGAAGCGGGACUCGACGACGGCGCCGAAGCCGACGCCGCCGACGAUCUCGCCGAAGAUGUUCAUCUCGCCGAUUUUGUUGAUGGGGGGGAAGCGCAUGGGGAUCGAUUAUAAGGAUCCGGCGCACGUGGCGAAGAUUCGAAUGUGCUUCGUGGUGGCGAUGACGAUGUUGGCGCUGUGCUUUGCGCAUUUGUGGGUGACCAUGAAGAAGAGGAAGAAGAAACUGGAGGAAGAUACGUGCGAGGUGAAGGUUAAGGAUGUGCAGAGUGGGGAGACGAAGACGGAGAAGGUGACGCUGUACGAACACGACGUGCGAGAGUUUCGCAAGGUGUUGAUGAGCAACAUCAUGGGCGGUUGCAUGGUGAGCAUGUUGCACUUUGCGUUCAAGGUCGUGCCGCCGUUGUUGUUGCAGUCGAUCAUGAUGCCGUUGAACUUGUGGGAUGGAAAUCUGUGGCAGGUGCACGUGCUCUCUCGCGGGGAAAAAGACAACGCCAAGUUGAGACGUCCGUGGGAAGAACCCGAGCAAAAGAGUCCGUUCGCGGCGUUCGCCGAGGCGAUGUCGCCGGAAACAAAGGCGAAUCCGAAAGCGAUCGAUGCAUCGCAAAAGAAAGCGAAAGAUGCGAAGAAGAAUCCGAAGCACAAGAGAUAA